GGCCGAGCCGAGCGGAGCCGAGCAGCGCCGGGCCGAGCCGAGCAGCGCCGGGCUCAGCGAGGAGCGCCGGGCCGAGCCGAGCGGAGCCGAGCAGCGCCGGGCCGAGCCGAGCGGAGCCGAGCGGAGCCGAAUGCAGCGGGCGGCAGCGCGGGCGCUGCGCGGGGCGCGGAGCCCCCAAGUGCUGAUCCCGCCGGGGCUCUCCGGCCCGGGGCUCUCCGGCCCGGGGCUCUCCGGCCCGGGGCUCUCCGGCCCGGGGCUCUCCGGCCCGGGGCUCUCCGGCCCGGGGCUCUCCGGCCCGGCUCGGACCCCCCCGGUGCGGGCGCGAUCUGCCACGGCGGGGACCCCUCCGCUCGGGCUGCUCUAUGAGCGGCACGGGGAGGCCGCAGCCGUCGUGCAACUGAAGGAUCUGGAAGUGCCCAAGCUUGGGGACUGCGAUGUCCACGUCAAGAUGUUGGCAGCCCCCAUCAAUCCUGCCGACAUCAACAUGAUCCAGGGGACCUACCCUGUCCUUUCACCGCUGCCGGCCGUGGGAGGGAACGAAGGUGUUGGGGAGGUGCUGGAGGUUGGGCACCGUGUGACAGCUCUGAAACCUGGGGACUGGGUCAUCCCUGCAAACGCCGGACUUGGAACGUGGCGGACACGGGGAGUGUUCCCUGAGGAGAUGCUGCUGAAGGUGCCCAGUGACAUCCCGGUGCUCUGUGCUGCCACUCUGAGCGUCAACCCCUGCACGGCGUUCCGUCUGCUGGCUGACUUUGAGAGCCUGGUGCCCGGUGACUCUGUCAUCCAGAACGCCGCCAACAGCGGUGUGGGCCAGGCCGUCAUCCAGAUCGCCAGGGCCUCCGGCAUCAAGACCAUCAAUGUGGUGAGGGACAGACCUGAUCUCCCGAAACUGGUGGAGAGGCUGAUGGCCCUAGGUGCUGACCACAUCAUCACAGAGGAGAUGCUGAGAAAGCCAGAGAUAAAAGAUAUAUUUAAGAGCAUCCCGAGGCCCCGACUCGCCCUGAACUGCGUCGGGGGCAAAAGCACCACGGAGAUGCUGCGUCAUCUGCAGCCCAAGGGAACCAUGGUCACCUACGGGGGCAUGGCAAAGCAGCCUGUGAUGGUGCCUGUGAGUGCCUUCAUCUUCCGGGACAUGCGGCUCCGCGGGUUCUGGAUGACCCAGUGGCGGAAGGACCACGCGCAGGGCCUUCAAAGGAUACUCCUUGGGCAGUACAAGAGCUCGGCCGAGGCUACACCCAAGAUGGAUGGUGGGUCACAAGUUUUCACACUUCUACCAGGAGAGCGUGGCUGUGAUGAUGGAUGCCCUGUGCCAGCUCAUCCGCAGGGGCCAGCUCACGGCUCCUGCCUGCACCGAGGUCCCGCUUCAGGACUACAGGGCAGCGCUGGAGGCCUCCAUGAAGCCCUUCGUGUCCUCCAAGCAGAUCCUCCUCCUCUGACCUGGAGCCCUGUCCUGUUUCACAUGCUUGUCCACAGACUUGAGAGGAGAAAAGAUCCUCGAGAUCCAUUGAAUUUCUUUUUUUCCUUUGUUUUUCACAUUUUGGAUGCCCACUGAAAGCUUUAAAAGCCUCUGCAGCUUUGUGUGGAAGUGCUGCAGGAGGGAGGCUGCAUCUCACUGUGGCUGGAGGGAGUUUGGGAUCCCGAAUGAUGGCUCACUCAGCUCGGGGUGUGAAAAGAACAGCAGUUCCCCCUCACAUGUGCUUUUGGGGCUGGCAGGGCUGUAGUUAUCCCAGCUGGAAUGUGGGAUGGGCAGGGAAGCCCAAGUCCUCUCCUUGCAGCCCUGCUGCCUCCAGGCCGGCUCCGAGUAGGAAGUAGCACAGACUGCCCCAAAUGAUGAGGGGGUGCUGUGGUUGGAGUGCCCCUGGGUGCUGCUGCAGCUCCUGGAGGAGCCCUGGGUCACCCCUGCUGGGUUUUGCCAAGGGCACUCCAAGGGCCAGAGCCUCUGGCCAUCAAGGGCUGGAGCCAGGCCCUCAGUGUCCCCGAAGGCCCUCCUGCCUGGCUGUGGGACAGUGGCUGUGACGCUGCAGAGCAAUGUGAAAAGAUUUAUCGUUGAGAACAACCAACAACGUGUUCUUGCUUCCUCCUGUGCCGCUCCUUACGACCGCACAAGCUCCCUAUGGUUCCUGCUGUUCCCCUCCAGCUCUGCCAAGGCCUGGCAGCGUUGGCUGUGCAGGUGCAGGCGGAGCAGUGGCCACGGGCCGAGUGUGACCGGCCGCUUGCCCUGGCCCCAGCAUGGCCAUCCCAAACCACGGAGGAGAGGGUGGGGGCAGCACAGCCCCGGGCCCCUGCAGAGCCCCGGAUUUGGCUGCCCAGAGCAGAGAGUGGGCAGUGCAAGUGUGAGGGGCCCGUGUGGGGUAGGAGGGGUGGCGGGGGGCAGAGCACCGCCAGGAGCUGCCUCGGGGUGCCAGCGGGGCCAUGUCUGCUGGGCCGUUUGUGUGGGGAGGGCCCUGUGGAGCUGCUGCUCCUGGGUGUCCAGGUGUCCUCAUCCUCCUCCUCCGCUCUGCUGCUGGCUGAGCAUCCCACCUUUUCUUUGGGAGCUUUGCCAGGAUCUCAGUGCCCGGGGAAGGGCACAGCCAGGAGGUUUGUGCUUUCCCCAGCACCCUGCAGACCCCUCCGGACAGAGGGCAUGUCAUCCCUCCUGAAACAGCAGCUGCAAAAGGCAAAGGAAAGAAGUUGUGUGCUGCAAGGAGGAGGAAGAAAUCAAGAGAGAGCCAGGAGCUGGCACAAGAAAGGACAAAUGGGUAUUAAAAGGACUCUGGCAUUCACACCUCAGGCUUUGGCUGAGUAAAGUGUUAGGGCAGAGCUUUGCUAAAUCACAUCCACCCUCAUGUUUUGAGCAUUUGGGAGCAGAAAAGUGUAGGGUUUUCAAAAGCCAGAAAACUGCUGAAGAAACACAAAGCCCACUAGUUUUCAGGGCCCUUAGUGUGUCCAGAGUAACUGACACAAAGACAAAACAAAGCUGUUUGUUCCUGUCCAGUCCCCAGCCUUGUUAAGGGUCAUUUUAGCUGAACUUGAAGCUCCCUGUGAGUGUCCCAAGGAAUCUCUGAGUUGAGAGGAGCUGAUGUACCUUUCCCAGUGCAGACCCAGCUGCUGCUACUGCUCUGAGCUCCUCUGUGGAGGUCAGCAGGGGAGAAUCCCUUUCCAUUCCGCGGAAUCCAUGGAACACAAGCUGGAGAAGGAAGCUUCUGAUGGACUCAGUUUUAAAGAUCUUCUGUGGCCCCCUCCUGUCCAGCACUUCCUUCUUGAGGAACUUUUCUCCAAUCACAAUGCAGUUGCCAUUGUUGCCCCACCAGAUUGACUCGACUCUGGCUGCUCAGGAUCUCCCAGAGCUUCUUGAGGAAAGAGUCAGUCAAAGGUUUGGUGUUAGCAGAGAUCUCUAAGGAGAAAAAUUUCAUGUUGUGGUCCCAGGAUUCAUCAGGCCAGCCUUCAAGGGUUUUUGUCUGCAGGGGGUCCCAGAGUGCAGCAUCCCAAGAUGGUCCCAUAUCAUCUCCAGGAUGGUCAGGAGAAGCUGAAGCCACCCACCAAGCUGGAUCCUCCAGGACAAAAGCAGAGGAUGUCUCCUGUGAAGAUAGCUCCAUUUAGACUUAUUUUUCCACAGCUUGGCUGCGUCCAACCAGCUUCUUAGUCCUGACAGUCAGCAGGAUAGAAUCCUCUGGCUCCAGCUGCCUGAGACGUUCUCCAACCUGUGUUCCAUCACAGUGAUAUCACAGUGUGACACCUGUCUCCUCGCAGCAGGAGGAGAGAGAUGCAAAAAUAACCCUAAACCUCUGAUUUCCCAGAGAGCUGUUUAAGCCCAGAGCUGAUUCCAGCUGUAUUUCCAUGUGGAAUGUCCUGCCAGGGCAGUGCUGUGUCCCAGUGCCCCUGGGAGCAGUGUCCAGGGAGGGAUAGGGAAAAAGACAGCAUUGGGCAUCCAAAUGCCCCAGACCUCAGGUUUUUCACUUGGUAUCUUUUUCACCAUGCAGAAGUGCCUCUGUGGAAUUCCUCUGCAAUCACCCAGGUGUAUGGUGUCCACAGGGCUGCUUCUGCUGUAGUGUCCCUGUUCCUUGGUGAUGUUCUCAGAUCCCAGCAGGCUCUCCAUGCUGCUCCAUGGGAUGAACUAUAGCAGAAAUGUUCCCCAAACACAUCUUGCAAUGGAAAUAACCUCCCUUGUGUUGGGUUCCUUGAGCUUCCUUUGCCUCAGAACCUUCAGGACCCAGCCCAGGGACUUCACUGGGGUUCUCCCUCCUUGUGCCCAGUUCCCAACAUGCUCCAAGUGGGAGGACCAUGGCAUUGUGUGGAAUUGUGCAUGGAUAGAGGAAUUGUGAGGGACCAGUUUUGUCAGCUGAAGGCUCUUCCAGGAUUCAUCCUGGAGUCCUGGAUGAGUUGGUGGGGUUUAUGGCAGGGCCCCUCUGGAUCUACCAAAGGCCUGGGGGGCGUGGGGAGGUCGGUCCUCACUGGGAGCUGGCACUGUCAUUCCCUUGAACAUAGAGGGUGUGGGGGACAGCCCAGGAAGGUGUACCUUCAUUUGGGGGAUUUUCUGAGUCCCAUGGGGUGAGGAGAAGAGCAGGGCAGGAAUGUUGCUCAGGAUUGGAGGGAGCACUGUACAACUGCAUGUGCGCUUGGAAGAGCAUCUCUCUGAAAUUACAUCCCACUGCCAUGCUGGCAAUUAAAUGGAUGUGUCAAAGCCAUUUCAUCCCCUCUAAAACCCUGACACUGAGACCUCCCUUAGCAGAGAGCAGGUGUGCCCCUGGACUCUGUGCCAGUGUCUCCCUUCUGCUCCUCCAUCCCUAAUAAAUCCGCCAAUAUUUUGCAUUUUCCUUCCCCCUGAGAGCAUUGGAGGCAGAGCCCCAUCCUGUGCCUUGGCGCUUCCAGAUCGAUGGAUAAAGUGGGGAAAAAAAGCAGAAAAAGCAUAGAGAUCGUUACGAGCACUAUUAAGCAUGGCAUAAACCAGAAAAAUUAAUGCAGAGCUUUUAUCCCCCAUUGUUUAUUGGGCUCAGCAAUAAAACCCAACAUGCAUUAGAGAACUUUCACAAAAUGUUCCAACCUCUCACUCCUACACCAGGGCACAAAGGAAUAAAUAAAUAAAUUUCAUUCUCCUUGUCAAAUGAGCAAGAUCAUGGUUGGAAAUCCAGCUGCUGGUGUUGCGCCUACACAAUAUUAAUUGUUUUGGAAGUGACUGUGUUUUUUUUUAGAGGGGGGUGGCUGCUAAUUCUGGAAAGUUCCAAGAGCCUGUGCUGGGAUUUGGUGUGAUUUGGGCAUCUGACAUCUCAACUGAAAUGAUAAAAAUAAUUCCCCCAAACUGACAUUUAGAGUUCAGCAAGAGGGAUGUUGUUGCUCACCAGAGGGAAUGAGGAAAAGCCAAGUCUGGCCACAGUUGGCGAAUGCCAUGGGGGGAUGCCUGGGCACGCCCAGUGUAGGGAGGGGGACCCCCAUCGCUGCCUGCCUUUGGGGUCCCAUCAGGAUCCAGCAUUUUGGGAAUGGAGCAAUCCUCAGGCCCCUGCCGAUGAGAGGAUCCAAUAAGCACCUCGGCACCCUCACUAGUGCCCUGCACGUGGGCAGGGUGGAAUUGAAACCAAAGAUUUUCCAGAGAUCACUUGAACUAACAAAAUGAAUGUAUCAAAAAUGAAUGUAUCAAAAAUGAAUAUAUCAUGUUUGUAGAAUCAUGUGUUGAAUUUUAAGAAACCUCUGCACAAAAAGGCAUAGGAAAGAAAAACAAAGAUCUUUAAAGCUUCUUGCAAAAAGACAAAUCCCGGAAAGGACCAGGAAUGCCAAGACUUCAGACAAGGAAGUCCUCUGUCUCCAACAUGUCAAGGAUGAUGAACUUAUCCAGAUAGGAGAGCAAAGGACCAAAAGCGCAAGCGCAGAGGAGAAGAGUUCAAAAGUUCAAUGCGGAGGAAGAUGAUGGUUAUAGUUCAAAGACCACCAGGGACCUUCAUAAAAGCCUCCACAAAAAAACUACGCAUGCCCAGAAGGGCGUGGACCUAUUUAGCAUGAGAAGCGAAGACAGGCGGGGCCAGGGGUUGAAUAUGCAUAGAAAAGUUGUGUAAUGUAUUGCAUAUGGAACACCUUUGUGAAUAAAGUUGGGGGGCAAACUUCAGCUCGGGGCACAAGAUUUCGGAGAGUUAUCUCACUUGUGCCGGGCGCCGACAAUACAUACCCACUUCAUAACUA